AGGCGAGACAUGGGACGAAGUGAGCUCAUCUCGGUGCCAUUCCAGAGCUGCCUGCAGACUCAUGUAAGGAAAUCAAGGCGAGUGAAGGUGGACAAGCGGUCAGCGGAUUAUACUGGUUGAAUUUCAUCAAACCUGACACUCCUGUCUUGGCUCACUGUGACAUGAAGACCGAAGAUGCUGACGAGUGUAAUGCCUUUAUCCGUGUUUGUGAUGAGAACGCCGACUGCAAAAACACUCUGGGAUCAUAUCGCUGUUCUUGCAAAACCGGUUUUUCUGGCGAUGGACAUACUUGCAAAGAUAUUGAUGAAUGUGCCAGUGGUGAACACGACUGCCACGUUUCAGCUUCAUGUACCAAUACUGAGGGAUCCUUCAACUGCUCAUGCAACCAUCUUUACGUAGGGGAUGGAAGAUCUUGCAUUAUUCUCCCAUCAGAAUGUCAGAACUGUCAAAGUCUGACAGGGGCAGACAGAAGGAUAAAUUACACCAAUCAAGACACGAUUUGCGAUAAUGGACUUAGGGGAUGGUACCGUUUUCAAGGAGCAGCAGGUACAAGAAUGCCCACUUCAUGUCCCCCUAAAAACCGAUGUAACUCCCAUGCACCCGGCUGGGUAAAUGGCACGCAUCCCGCAGAGGCUGAUGGUCAGGUCACCAGGACGGUUUGCUUCCACUGGUUGUCAGACUGCUGCUACAAGUCAAGUUCCAUCAAAGUGAUAAACUGCGGCGGUUACUAUGUUUACUACAUAAAUGGCACACCCACAUGUUUCCUCCGCUACUGCAGCACAGACUAAAUAGAUGCUGGUUCAGCAACAUAUUCUAAGGAAGCUGUAUUGUCCUUUGAUUUUGUCGGGACAAUUCUAGUUUUGUCUACUAGUGCGGAUAUAACAUAAACUCUACUACUAUAGUCAUCUUUCAAACCGGCAGU